ACGGAGUCUCGCCCUGUCGCCCAGGCUGGAGUGCAGUGGCGCCAUCUCGGCUCACUGCAAGCUCCGCCUCCCGGGUUCACGCCAUUCCCCGGCCUCAGCCUCCCGAGUAGCUGGGCCUACAGGCGCCCGCCACCACGCCCGGCUCUUUGUUCUAUUUUUCCUAGAGACGGGCUUUCACCCUGUUAGCCGGGAUGGUCUGGAGCUCCUGACCUCGUGA